AUGCCUUCCCACCAACCUACCGCCGGCAUGAUGGCUGUGGAUCCCGAAUACAUCAAGCAGCCGUCUCCUAUGGCCAGCACCUCUGAGCCAAACCGCAACCCAAAGUACGACCCUAAGAAGCCGCACAUUACCGACACACCCAUCACAAAGGCAAACUGGUACAAGCACGUCAACUGGCUAAACGUCACCUUCAUCAUUGGCAUCCCUCUCGCCGGCUGCGUCGCGGCCUGUUUCACCCCGUUGCGAUGGCAGACAGCCCUCUGGGCCGUGGUAUAUUACUUCUGGACCGGUCUCGGUAUCACAGCUGGUUACCAUCGUCUCUGGGCGCACAAAUCGUACAACGCCUCGCUGCCACUGAGCGUCUUCCUCGCUCUUGUCGGCGGUGGCGCUGUUGAGGGCUCUAUCCGCUGGUGGAGUCGCGACCACCGUGCCCACCACCGCUACACCGACACCAACAAGGACCCCUACAGCACCCCCGUCGUCGUCUGGCAACACAAGCACUACAUCAAGGUCGUCAUCUUCAUGGGUCUCAUCUUCCCCUCUGCUGUCGCUGGACUUUUGUGGAACGACUGGAAGGGUGGCUUCAUCUACGCCGGUAUCCUUCGCAUCUUCUUCGUCCAGCAGGCCACCUUCUGCGUCAACUCGCUCGCCCACUGGCUCGGUGACCAGCCCUUCGACGACCGCAACAGCCCCAGGGACCAUGUCAUCACUGCGCUCGUCACUCUCGGUGAGGGCUACCACAACUUCCACCACGAGUUCCCCUCAGACUACCGCAACGCUAUCGAGUGGCACCAGUACGACCCCACCAAGUGGUCCAUCUGGCUGUGGUCUAAGCUCGGUCUCGCCUCCAACCUCAAGCAGUUCCGUUCCAACGAGAUCGAAAAGGGCCGUGUUCAGCAGCUCCAGAAGAAGAUUGAUCAGAAGCGCGCCAAGCUCGACUGGGGUGUACCUCUUGAGCAGCUUCCUGUCAUUGAGUGGGACGAAUACGUUGAGCAGGCCAAGAACGGCCGUGGCUUGAUCGCUGUUGCCGGUGUUGUUCAUGACGUUACCGACUUCAUCAACGAGCACCCUGGUGGCAAGACCCUGAUCAAGAGCGGCAUUGGCAAGGAUGCUACUGCCAUGUUCAACGGUGGUGUCUACUUCCACUCCAACGCUGCCCACAACCUGCUCUCCACCAUGAGGGUCGGUGUCAUCCGUGGUGGAUGCGAGGUCGAGAUCUGGAAGCGCGCUCAAAAGGAGAACAAGGAAGUCAACAUCGUCAAAGAUGAGCAAGGAAACCCAAUUAUCCGAGCCGGCAACCAGGUUACCAAGGUUGCGCAACCAAUGCUCAGCGCCAGCGCGGCAUAGAUAUCCAUACGUUUUGAUUUAGCGAGGCGGGCGUUUGGGAUGCCAUUCCACCUUGAGUAGGCAUAAUAAUUUUUUUCUUUCAUUGCGUUCGCUGGCGAGCAUCAAGGGAAUGAUGCUCUAGCACCAUUAGACAGUGUAUGUUCGUAGCCUUUGUGAAGCAUCAUGCUUUGCGAAGUGAGCUUUAUGGCUUAGGCCGACAAUGAUAUCCAUGAUCUCAA